AGAUUUGUUAGAAAAAAAAAAACCCAACCCCAUGGCAACCAGUGGUAGCAUCUUCUCAUCAUUAUCAAGCACAAGUGCAAUACAAUCUCAACAUGCAUUUCUGGGAGUUCCUCACUACCCCCAGAGCGUGCUUUUUGGGAAGAGAAAAUUGCCACAUGGGUUUGUGGUGGUUGCAGUGACACAAGGCUCUGCAGAGUCAAGCAAGUCGGAGGAAAAAAUCCCUUCUUGGGCUAAGCCAGACUCCGAUGAACCACCGCCUUGGGCUCGAGACGAAGCAAAGAACAACGGUGUUUCUUCUUCGCAACAAGGAUUUGAGAUCCCAUUCUACGCUUAUUUACUUGCCUCUGCUGUCACCGCAAUUGCUGCGAUAGGUUCCAUUUUUGAAUAUGCGAACCAAAAGCCUGUGUUUGGAGUACUAACCUCGGAUAGCGUGUUUUAUGCUCCCUUGCUUGGUUUUUUCGUCUUCACCGGCAUUCCCUUUUCGGCCUUCCUGUGGUUCAAGUCAGUGCAAGCUGCCAACAAGGAAGCUGAGGAACAAGACAAGAAGGAUGGAUAUUUAUAGGGUCCAAGUCCACACCCCAUAUUAACAAUCUACGCCCUUUUUUUUCUCAGCCACAACUUAGGGUUCUAAAUUAAUUAAACACGCUUUAUUUUUAUGUUACUGUAAGUUACAUAAGGAAAUUGCACAUAAUGUCAUAUUGUGAGUCAGAAUUCAGUGUGAAUACUCAUGUAAUGGUUUAUGCUAUCAUAGUAACCUGUCUGAAAAUGCUUCACUUCCCCCUCCAUAAAAAAUUCAUAUGUAGAAAUUAUCUGUAAAUGUUAAUAUUAAACCAAAUUACCCUUGAAGGAAGAACCAAGCCCCAAACUUUAUAAAUGUAACUCAUUAAUUUAUUUCACAUAAAUUACUCUUACGAAUGAUGUGAUAUUUUUUAGACGUUAAUUUUAACAGGUCAUUUAAAAUAUAUAGUAUGUAUAAUUUUUUAAUUAUUUAUAAAUAUAAAUAAAUUAUUACUGACAUGGAACUUUAUAUUAGAAUGAUGAUGCACAUUUCAGUUAGAUUUUACUUUUUUGUUAACUUUUCUUUAAUAAUGUUUAUUCUCUCUAUUUUUAUGCUUUUGUAUAUAUUAAAAAGAAACAUAUAUCAACAGAUGCUCCAUUUUUCUUUCAAUCAAGAAAAUGUAUAUACAAACAGAAAAUCAAGUCCAACCUCUCUUUUAUGG